AUGGGCCCACACAAGCACCUCGCAGUACCAGAGUCGAGCAGAAUGGCAAACGCCACCUGCGCUACAACCCACUGUGGGGAAGCGCCCAAUAUCCUAGCAAGGCUGACCAGCAACUUCAAUGCAUUCUGGAGGAAAUUGACACACAGAUUAAAGCAAGCUGCAACACACACAGCGGACGACUCAUUGCCUGAUAUGCCCUCUCCAAGCUCCCGACAUAGACACGCAGUCCCCGGACCGAAGCAUGCUGGCAUUAGGAGCCAGAGAAAGCAACGUCUCCCACCUGCACACAAACCUACUCGACUGCGUGAAGAUCAGACCCUCCGCAAGUACUUGCUUCCCUGCAAAGCAGCCGGACAGCAACAAAGACAGCGGGCUAACACCGGAGCUCCUGCCCUCUUUGAGGUACCGGGGGGAACCCUAACUGUGUUGAGAGGCCUAAACUGCCAAUACUCCUCAAGCUAUGACUCCCCGCAACACUCCUCCUGGCUACGGGACUUGACAGGACUGGGCCUACAGGACUCAUUAGCCACCCACCUUAGCCUCUGGGGAUAUUGGGCCAAGUCUGCCUACCUUACCAGCUCCUAUGCCGCUGUUCAGGCUAUAUGCCCACUCCACAAUUAA